AUGUAUUUUAAUGGAGCAUUGAUUAUGGGAUUGCUGAGUCUAAGCAUUGUGCCUAUUCAGUGUAUUGGAUCAGCUAUAUAUUCUUACGAUAGCGCACAAGUAUUAAAUCAUAAAGAAUUUAAUAGACAGCCAUUCGUUAACCACAUUCAACAAAUUAAUGAACGAUGGAUUCCAUGGUUUGGACGUCCUAUCGAUAAAUGA